AUGGCUAACACCGAUAUACCAAAGACAAUGUGGGCGCAGGUGCUGGAGCAAUACGAAUCGCCAUAUCGACUUCAAGAGCUCCCAAUGCCCACCGUGGACGAUCCGAACGACAUUCUCAUCAAAGUGGAUGCUGCAUCCUAUUGCCACACCGAUGCCGUGCUCGCUUCCGGAAAGAUGCACCCGCCGCCACUUCCACAUAUCGGCUGCCACGAGUUCGCCGGUACCGUCGUCUCCGUGUCGGAUCGAUCCCAUGGCCUGAAGGUAGGCGACAGAGUAGCUGUUCCAGGUCGAGGGUAUCACGUAUGCGGCAAAUGUCUCGAGUGUCAGAAUCCAUCAGGGCCUGUGCCAGACGAUCCUGGGUAUUCGGUCUAUUGCGCCAAUACUGGAGGCGGACUCGGAGUCGGCGACAGGGCUGGAGGAUUCCGGGAGUACGCUGUUGUUGACUCGCGACAAGUGGCCAUCAUUCCUGAUGGUAUGGCAGCAGUCGAAGCUGCGCCAUUGAUGUGCGCCGGCCUCACCAUCUACGCCGCAUUGAGGAAAUGUGAACUUGGACCUGGACGGCGGGUCGGAAUCAUGGGAUGUGGAGGAGGGUUGGGUCACCUCGGAUUGCAAUUCGCGACGAAAAUGGGCCUGAGAACCACCGGCGUUGACGUGACGCCUCAGGCGCUCGAACUUGCGAGGACCCUACAGACUGGUGCUACGAUCGUUGACGCUUCAGCUGAAAGCGCAGAGGAUGUGAAGCGGGGCAUGGGGAAGGAAGAUGGAGGAGCAAGUCUGGCUGAGAUGGGCUUGGAUGCUGUGAUCAUCCUUCCAGAUAGCCAGAAAGCCUGGGACUACGGGAUGGGACUCUUGAAGGAUGGCGGGCUCCUCGUCUUGGUCUCUUUCCCGCCCGAGGGUUUCCACGUUUCAGCCGAUGACCUCGUCUUCCGCCGCAUUCGCAUUAUUGGAAGCCUAAUCGGGUCAAACAAAGCGAUGAAUGAGAUGUUCGAAUUCGUUGUCAGGAACGACGUCAAGGCAAGGAUCAGGACUUAUCCCUUUGCGAAGCUCAAUGAACUGGUGGAUGACUAUCACGCGGGUGCUGGUGGCAAGCUGGUGGUCGACAUGUCUUUGAAGCAGUGA